UUUUAACAGACGAUCCGUCACGCAAAGUAGUUGCAACGGGACGCGUGUAUAACAUUGCCGGGAACAUAAUCCAUAACCUUCCCCUCUCGCCCGAUUGCAUUAGGGUUUCCUUACUUGUUGCAAUUGACCCUAAGUAUCUAUUACCUUAUCCUACCGAUGAGAUGCAAACGGUAGGAGAUACGUUGGGGAGCUCCAUUGCAUGGCCUAGCCACCUUGUUAUGGUUGGUACACCAAAGCCGACAAAGGACCCAAAGUCACCAAAGGACCCCUUGCCACUAAAGAAAAAGCUAAGGAGGAAAAGCAAAUUGAAGGGUAAGGUGUCGGGCCGUACUAAAGAGUCAGUCAUGAUUUCGCAACAUGCAGUGCCUAUGCCUGUUGUAAAAAAUAAAUUCCGUGACUCUCUUGAGACCUAUGCUUCAGCUACGAGGAUGAUUCGUCAAGAGCCGAUAGGGGAUAUCAUUAAUUUUGACGAUGGGCUAUUUGGUAGAGCAUCAUUUGAAGUCGUUCGGGAUGAAAUUUUAAAUGAAAUCCUCAAGCACAAUAUAGCGAGCACCAGUUUGAUGACUUUUUACAUGAGGUAA